AUGGUGGUGAGGAUCCGGUUGUCGAGAUUCGGGUGCAAAAACCAGCCAUUUUAUCGGGUUAUGGCUGCUGAUAGCAGAUCCCCUAGAGAUGGCAAACAUCUUGAAGUUCUUGGUUACUACAAUCCAUUGCCAGGUCAAGAUGGGGCUAAAAGAAUGGGUCUUAAUUUUGAGAGAGUGAAGUAUUGGUUAUCAGUUGGUGCUCAGCCUUCAGACCCUGUCCAACGGAUUCUUUUCAGAGCAGGGUUACUUCCUCCAGCACCAAUGGCGGCAAUGGGACGGAAGGGUGGUCCUCGUGACACACGCCCAGUUGAUCCAAUGACUGGACCUUAUUUCAUGCUUGAUACUGUCCAAGGUGCCCUCGUUCUCCAUUUUGCUUACUUUUCUCUUUGUAUUGAGCUUAUCCUGAUGACCCGGAAGUGUAAUGUCAUUGUUGCUGCUGGAUUACUGGCUUUUGCUGCUGCAGGCUUAGCAUUUCCCUUCUACAUGGCAUCGUCCAAGGGUAAGCCAGUGAUUGACUCAUCAAAGCCAUUGCCACCACAGGCGACUUUCCGAGGGCCUUACAUAAACACUGGUUCACGUGACAUUGGACCUGACCCUGGGACUUACCCAAAGAAGUGA